GGCUCCGCGCGGGGGGCCUUGGCGGCUCCUCCGAUCCUGUCGCCGCCGCCGCCGCCGCGGUAGCUGGGGGUCUGUGAGAGGAGGAGCUGUGGCGGACCCCGGGGGGUCCGUCUUGGUCGCUGUUUUUGCCUGAGGAGCCUUCCUUCCUCGGUCGUACCCUGACUCCCGCGGUGUCGAGGGGAAGUCCCUGCGGACACCUCAGCACGCAGUGGAGAUGCCUCUCUUUGCCACCAAUCCCUUCGAUCAGGACGUCGAGAAAGCAACCAGUGAGAUGAAUACUGCUGAGGAUUGGGGCCUCAUUUUGGAUAUUUGUGAUAAAGUCGGUCAGUCUCGCACUGGACCUAAAGAUUGUCUUCGGUCUAUUAUGAGGAGGGUGAACCAUAAAGAUCCUCAUGUUGCUAUGCAGGCUCUGACUCUUCUAGGAGCGUGUGUAUCAAAUUGUGGCAAAAUUUUUCACUUAGAAGUAUGUUCAAGAGAUUUUGCUAGUGAAGUAAGCAACGUAUUAAACAAGGGUCAUCCUAAAGUGUGUGAAAAAUUAAAGGCUCUUAUGGUUGAAUGGACGGAUGAAUUUAAGAAUGAUCCACAGCUUAGUCUAAUAUCAGCAAUGAUUAAGAACCUUAAGGAACAAGGUGUUACGUUUCCAGCUAUUGGCUCUCAGGCUGCAGAACAAGCAAAAGCAAGCCCAGCUCUGGUAGCCAAGGAUCCUGGUACUGUGGCUAACAAAAAAGAAGAAGAAGAUUUAGCGAAAGCCAUUGAGUUGUCGCUGAAGGAACAAAGGCAGCAGUCAACCACCCUUUCCAGUUUGUAUCCAAGCACAUCUAAUCUCUUAACUAACCACCAACAUGAAGGCCGAAAAGUUCGUGCUAUAUACGACUUUGAAGCUGCUGAAGAUAACGAACUUACUUUUAAAGCUGGAGAAAUUAUUACAGUUCUUGAUGACAGUGACCCCAACUGGUGGAAGGGUGAAACCCAUCAAGGCAUGGGGUUAUUCCCCUCUAAUUUUGUGACUGCAGAUCUCACUGCUGAACCAGAAAUGAUUAAAACGGAGAAGAAGACGGUACAAUUUAGUGAUGAUGUUCAGGUAGAAACGAUAGAACCAGAGCCGGAACAAGCCUACAUUGAUGAAGAUAAAAUGGACCAAGUGCUACAGAUGUUGCAAAGUACAGACCCCAGUGAUGAUCAGCCAGAUCUUCCAGAGUUACUGCAUCUUGAAGCCAUGUGUCACCAGAUGGGACCUCUCAUUGAUGAGAAGCUGGAAGAUAUUGACAGAAAACAUUCAGAACUCUCAGAACUCAAUGUUAAAGUGAUGGAGGCCCUGUCCUUGUAUACCAAGUUAAUGAAUGAAGAUCCAAUGUAUUCCAUGUAUGCAAAAUUACAGAAUCAGCAGUAUUAUAUUCAGUCAUCUAGUGUUUCUGGUUCUCAGGUGUACCCAGGCCCUCCUCAGAGUGGCGCUUACCUGGUGGCGGGGAGCGCGCAGCUGAGCCAGCCCCAGAGCUACAGCCUUCCCGCAGAGCAGCUGUCUCCUCUCAGCCAAGGAGCCGCGCUGCCUGCCGGCCCGGCCCUUCCUAGUCAGCAGGCUCAGGCGUCCUACCUCAACACGAUGGGCACUUCCGUUCAGGGCGGCACGUACCCCAGCCAGGCUUCAGUGUACAGUCCUCCUCCUGCCGCCGCUGCCGGCCCCGACGUCACCGUGUACCAGAACGCAGGGAGCAGCCUGUCCCAGGUGCCGAGCUAUACUCUAACAUCAGCGCUGCCCCAGCCGCCUCCGCCCCAGCAGCCGUUCUCUCCGAAGGCCCUGCUGUAGGGCUGGGAUUCCUCUUUGUGGCAAAUACCUGCUAAACGCCGAUGACAAUGUUAUGAGAUUCUUUGAUAUCUUAAGAUUUGUUAAUCCUCAGCUUAUAGGAAUCGUAUCUUGGUCAGCAAGUUCCAAUAUUCAAGAAGGGAGACCUCUCUUCAAUUUGCACUGACUUUUUAGAGGUCCUCCCCUCCCCCUCCCCCAGAGGAAUGAAACUACUUACAACAUCUAAUUCCUUUCGUAAUAUGAAAGAAUCAGUGCAAGAUUAUUUGUCUCGUAAAAUUACCUGGUCUGCAGAAAGUCAAACUGGCAAACACCGCUGUGGCAGAUGUGUGCAUAGAUCGCUGUGUAACGUCACUCGUGGCCACGUUGAACCACGGUGGUGAUCAUGUGAAUAUAUUUAACACUGUUAACUUAAUUGACAUUGCUGUUUUAUUUUAAUCACGAGCAACUGCCAUGUCUCACAAUGUUUUGUGUGAAUUGAAGAGAAUUACAGUGUCCUUUUGAACUGCAAGAGAACCACGCUAUGGCGUAUGUACAUGAAGGCAUAUCGUGUUGUCCGUGUUUCAGUUUCCCGUUAAACUGAGCCUUCCUUGGAGUGAUUGUGCGCUGAACACACGCAUGUUAUGUCGUUGUGCGGCCUCUGCGUACUACUAGCUGUCAUCACACCAGCGUACAGGAGCUAAAUUUUUGGUGCAUUUAUAGGAAAUGAUGAUGUUCCCCUUUAAACUUUUACAUUUUGGCAUGGUAUUUCAGAAUACUGUGGGACCGUGAGACAAAAUUAAGUUGGACCACAUUCUUUAUAUCUUACUCUUAAAGAAAUAAUGUUAAUUUACUUUUUCCUAGUUGAAGAUAGUAAUCAGGUUUCUAAGCUGUAUACUGUGUUUAUUGGUGGCAGUGACACCAAAGAUAGAGGCAAUGGAUAGAAGCUUUGAAACUGGAAAGAACACAUGAAAUUACACUACGUUUUCAAAGCCUCUUGUAAUUAUUUAGGCUAUAACGAAAUUUGAUUCAUCUGUCUUAUUCCACUGCUAGUCCUUUAAAUGUGUCUUUAACACAGUGUAUCCUUCAUUUCUUCAUUAAAAUGGAUGUAAGU